AGCGUAUAAAAGCCAAUGGAUGGGACUGGUCCAGACAUCAGUUCAGUUCAAGCUUCUGUUGCAGUAUCUUUCAAGAUGAAAUUCCUAUCUCUUGCCUUUGUGUUCGGCCUCUUGGCUCUGGCUAAUGCUACCCCUCUAAAUCCGGGAAACGUCAUUAUUAAUGGCGAUUGCCGCGUUUGCAAUGUUCGUGGCGGAAAGUGAGGCUGGAAUAUAAUCGUAUACACACAAUUUCUUAUCGACUUUUUGCUCUGACGGUUACACAAUAAAAUUCCCACACUAAUCUCAAUGGAAAGUGAAUGAAACA